AGAAAGAUGGGAGAAUCUGAUAGAUAUCUAACCGAAUAAUUAACAUAAAAUGACGGGUUUUUGCGGCUGAUUUCCACUUGACGGAGGAUCCAGCGUUGGCACCGGUUUGAGCUCCAGCAGACACCGAGAAAGAUUGGUGUCAUAAUUUGUACCACCGGGGAGCUCCUGUUGGAACAGGAAAGUCUGUCAGCAGUGUCUGUCCCUAGAAGUGGAGAGCAUCAGACCUCUAUUUUAUCAUGAACAUUGUGCCCGCCGUCUCCGGUUGAAGCAGGAUCACCACCACACAUUCACACAAUUGGUGACAAACGCAAAUUAAGCAGGAAUAUAUACAGACACUUGAGGUCGUACUUCAGUUUAGCUGUCAGCUGUAUUCUUCUAUUUAGCAGAAGAUGUACGGUAGUGCCCGCUCUGUCGGCAGAGGGGAUGCCAAUCAUAGUGGUGGAAGAGAUGGAGGUGGUACUGGCAAUCAGGGAUCUGGCCGUUCCCCUCGCCUUCCCCGUUCUCCUCGGAUGGGACACCGCCGCACCAACAGCACCGGAGGCAGUGGAGGGGGUCCUGGAGGAGCGGGAGGCAAGACGCUUUCCAUGGAGAACAUCCAGUCCCUCAACGCCGCGUACGCCACCUCCGGACCAAUGUACCUGAGUGACAAUGAGGUUGCCAUGGCGGGGGAACACCUUCCCAAGAGUGGCGGGUCAGUGACGACCAUGGGGAGACAGAGGGUGACGUAUGGGUCGAGGGGCAGCAACAGUGGAGUUGUGGCCGCUAGCACCCCCAACAUCUCCACCUCAGUGCCUGGGAAUGCUGUGCUGCCAGCAGGCAUGAUGGCAGGUGAUGCUCUAGCUUUUGGGGACCACCACAUGGCCUCCACCGUGCCCCAUUCUCUAAGGCAGGCCAGAGACAACACCAUACUUGACCUGCAGGCCCAGCUGAAAGAGGUGCUGCGUGAGAAUGAGAUGCUGCGGCGAGAAGUGGAAGUGAAGGAGAGCAAGCUCAGUUCCUCCAUGAAUUCUAUCAAGACCUUCUGGAGCCCAGAAUUAAAAAAAGAGCGAGCUCUCAGGAAAGAUGAAGUUUCUAAGAUCACUGUCUGGAAGGAACAAUACCGUGUGAUUCAAGAUGAAGCACAGCAUCUCCAGAUGACUGUUCAGGCUCUUCAGGAUGAGCUGAGGAUCCAGAGGGAUCUGAACCAGCUGCUGCAGCAAGACCCCGCCAGCCAAGGCCGGGACCUGGCCCUGACAUCUGAACCUACGGAGGAGAACUACCGGCGGCUACAGGCCGAGCACGAGAGGCAGGCCAAAGAGCUCUUCCUCCUUAGAAAGACCCUGGAGGAGAUGGAACUGAGGAUUGACACACAGAAGCAAACUCUGGGAGCCAGAGACGAAUCCAUCAAGAAACUUCUGGAGAUGCUGCAAAGCAAAGGGCCAUCUGCCAAGGCAUCAGAGGAGGACCAGGAGCGGACAAGGAGACUGGCUGAUGCAGAGAUGCACAGGCAUCACCUUGAGAGUUUACUGGACCAGAGAGACAGAGAGAUUACUGCACUAAGAGAGCAGGAGCUGCACCGUCGAUACGAGGGAACCCCUGAAUCCACCAAAACUAAGGCUCUACAGACUGUCAUAGACAUGAAGGAUGCAAAAAUCAAUUCAAUGGAGCGGGGCCUGAGAGACAUGGAGGAGGAGUUACUAAUGAUGAAAUCCAACGGACUCCUGAGCUGCGAGGAGCGUCAGGAGGAAAUGAAGCAGAUGGAGGUCUACCGCAGCCACACCAAGUUCAUGAAGAACAAGAUGGAACAAGUGAAGCAGGACCUCUCCAGGAAGGACACUGAGAUGCUUGGUUUGCAGACCAAACUGGAGACGCUCACCAACCAGUUUUCAGACAGCAAGCAGCACAUUGAAGUCCUCAAGGAGUCCCUCACUGCCAAGGAGCAGCGAGCUGCCAUCUUACAGACAGAGGUGGAUGCCUUGCGCCUGCGUUUGGAGGAGAAGGAGGCAACUCUGAAUAAGAAGAGCAAGCAGAUACAAGAAAUGUCGGAAGAGAAGGGUACACUCAACGGGGAGAUCCACGACCUCAAGGACAUGCUGGAGGUUAAGGAGCGCAAAGUUAAUGUGCUACAGAAGAAGAUUGAGAACCUGCAGGAGCAGCUGAGGGACAAGGAGAAGCAGAUGAGCAGCCUGAAGGAGAGAGUGAAGUCUUUGCAGGCAGACACUUCUAACACUGACACUGCUCUCACCACACUGGAGGAGUCUCUUGCAGAAAAGGAGCGCAUCAUUGAGCGUUUAAAGGAGCAGCGAGACAGAGACGACCGGGAGAAGACGGAGGAGCUCGACUGUAACAAGAAGGAACUGAAAGAGUUGAAGGAGAGAGUGAGUUUACUUCAGGGAGACCUGUCAGACAGAGAGACGUCGCUGUUGGACCUGAAGGAGCAUGCAUCAUCUCUGGCCUCCUCAGGGCUGAAGAAAGACUCUAAACUCAAGAGUCUGGAGAUCGCCUUGGAGCAGAAGAGGGAGGAAUGCCUCAAACUGGAGAACCAGCUUAAGAGAGCUCAAAAUGCAGCCCUGGAGGCUCAGGCCAACACCGAGCUGGCCGAGCGCAUUAAGAACCUUGAGCAGGAAGUGGCCCGCCACAAAGAGGAUUCUGGGAAAGCCCAGGCUGAGGUGGACCGCCUGCUGGAGAUCCUUCGGGAAAUGGAGAAUGAGAAGAAUGACAAGGACAAAAAGAUCAAUGAGCUGGAGAGUUUGACCUCCAGGCAGAUGAAGGAUCAGUCGAAGAAGGUGGCGUCUCUGAAGCACAAGGAGCAGGUAGAGAAGAGUAGGAACGCUCGACUCAUGGAGGAGGCCAGGAAGAGGGAGGACAACCUGUCGGAGAACUCCCAACAGGUGAAGGACAAUCUGCGUCAGAAGGCGGAGCGCAUUGAGGAGCUGGAGGAGGCCCUCAGAGAGAGCGUUCAGAUCACUGCUGAGCGAGAGAUGGUACUGGCACAGGAGGAGGCUGCCAGGUCACUCCAGGAGAAACAGAUGAUUCCCCCUCUUCUAGCCUUGUCCCAGAACCGCAGUAAGCUCAAGCUUUACAUCGCUCACCUGACAGACCUCUGCCACGACCGGGACCCCAGCAUCCUCAGCCAGCUCACGCCACCCUCUCACUACCACCACAGCGACCCCGAAGACUGGGAGGAGGAGCUCCAGAAGAUGAGUGUGGAACAGUUGGAGCGGGAGCUGGAGGUGUGUGAGAAGGAGAGUGGAGAGCUGCAGGAGUAUGCCAACUCCGUUCUCCAGCAGAUAGCAGACUACUGCCCCGAUAUCCUGGAGCAGGUUGUCAAUGCCCUGGAGGAGUCAUGCUGACAACUCUGACCUCAGACACAACCCAGCUGACGCCUGGUCUUCACCUGUAGCUGAGCCCCUCCCCCUACCUCCACUCAGCGAGGCUCCUGUAAGCAUGAGAGAAAGCUGGGGCAUUAUCUCACCCCACUGAGCAUUUCUUCCUCACUCCCCUCGUCCGCCCUGGAACAAACUUUCUUAACUUAGAAGUGCUUUCCUGUCUCGUGUGUCUCUCUAAUGUCAGGCAUGCAAAAUUGAAUUAGGGAUGUUCACAAAGUCUGGAAGUGUUACCAAAUAUGGCACUUUGAGUAAAUAUCCGAUUACUCUCUGGCAGUCCUGGUAGAUGGCGGUGUCGCAGUGGAAAGAGAAGUUAUAAGCUCAACCUUUUUAGCAUUUGUGAACUCACCAAAUUCAAUUUUUGCUCGUAGUAUACUUUAAUAAUAUAAUUGCGCACCUGUAUGUCAGGCACAGGUGCGUUGGGAGAGAAAGGAUAUCGGAUGAAAGAAGCCAACUUCCGCACAAAGUCUUGGAGUUUUACUGCCAACCUUUACUCUCCCUAGACGUCUUCAUUCACAGCCGGAAGCACAGAUACCUCACUCACUUCUAUCUCAGAUUCCUCUCACAAAUCUUUUCUAAAGGGAGUACAUUUAUUCCUCACAUGGGGCAGGAAAGCACUCGGUGUUAGAAGUUAACUGGGGAGCUGCUACAUCUAGAGGGGAGCAGAGAGGAGUUCAGUGGGUAAAUCACGGAGCCAUGUUAGACGCUUGUUUCGUAUUUUAGUCGGUGUUCCCUAGCUAAUAGGAUGGAAACCAGUCACUAGUUAGAAAUGCAGAGACUGGUGGCCGAUCAUCUGAACACUUAGGAGAUGCCACUUUUUAACCAAAUAAAUGCAGCAUGUUCUCCAAAUGUUUCCUCUCCCGGCUUUGAGCUGUGGAUGUGUCGUCGUAGCCAGGACUAAACUGUAGGUACGUUACUUUUCUUUUUUUUUUUACUGUGUCGUCUGUGGUCAUCGACAUAAGAGGGGGAUCAAGCCCUGACCUUUUGACACGGAUCAAAGGUCAGCUUUUAGUUACACUAUGUUCUCAAAUAUGAGUGUCUGAGUGAGAGAGAGAGGAAACAAGAAAAAGCUUUUACUCUUGGUGACGUAUUCAGUUUUUAGAUGGUUUUGCACACAACGUCCACUUGUUUAUGAGGUAUGCAAUGUUUCUUUUUGAGAACGUUCUAGUGGCCUUGGAGCAUGCACAGAGAUCAGUACUGGACCUAAUGCAGGGAUAUUUAUUUCUCUGUAAUAUUGGUGCUAAGGCAUGAUGUAAGAACUUUUGAUCUGAUCCACUGAUCAUUCAGUCUCAUCCAAAGUUUCUAUCGAUGUUACUUAAAGCCCACCUGAUCUUUAGUUUGUUGACUGAAUCACUGAAGAAUACAAGCGACCCCCCCCUCUCCCCCCUUUUUCUUUUUUUUUCUUGUAUUUUUCAGAUCACUUACAAAUGCAAGUGAUGCCUCCUUUUUAUUGUAUUUUUUGAAAUCUUCAGGGCUGAGGUUUUUAAUUACUAAGUGCAUCUACAUUUACAGGAAAUGAAAGUCACUUUUCAGCAGAUUUUGACUUUUUAGAUGAGUUUGUAAAUAACGUGAUAUUUAACACGUACAGUGACUGAAUAAAGGUAAUUAAGUGGAAGGUGUUGUGCAUUAUUUAAAAAAAUAAUAAUAAUCUGAAAAGUUAAAAGCAGUGCAGUUGUCUUUUUGUCUAAUUUUGUCUUCAGGACAAAAUGUGUGUGUGUGACAGUACUGCCAUAACUUGCGGAAAGUCAUGUUCUAUAGAGAUAUAUAUAUAUAUAAAUAUAAUACAUAUAUAUAUAUAUAUAUAUAAAAAUGUUUACUGUAUGGAUAUGCAUUGAAUGUUUGCACAGAAUCUUGAAGAGCGAGCUGCUCUGAACAAAAAUGGCCGUCGAGUUAGUGUCCUCAGCACAAACUGAGGAGAAAAGUGUCAAAAAAAUCUUUUGUGUCAAAAUAAUGUGUGAACUACAAACGUUUUCAAAACCGUGACUGUGUGAUGGGAGAGUACUUUUCUUGCAUUCAUUUCUAAUUCAUUCUUUUUAUAUAUUUUCACCAUAAGGUGAUGUAAAUGUAUUAUCCUGAGAUUCCAGUGUUGUUCUGUUACUUCAGCAGUUUAUUUUUCUUCUUCUUUCUGUUGGUUGAUGUCGAAGGCAGACUGUGCCUGAUGGAUAAAAAUGAGUCUCCAACCAUCAUGGCCCCUCCUGCUGUUAUUAAAAAAAAGAAAUGUAACAUGGGAGAAAAAUAAAAAAACACACUGCAUCCAGAAGUUUUUCUAACAAACUUUAGAUUUACAGAUAACUUUAGGUGGGUGGAUUUUACUGAAAACAAGACACACCCCCUCAGGUUUGGAGGAUGUUAGUUGGAUGCUUAUUUUUGUACUUCUUGUCUGUCAAACCCUCUUGGAGUGGACUUUUUUUAUUUCUAACCCCCCUCACCUUUCACCUCCGUGUUCGGAGAAAGAAGAAAGCAUUGUUUAAGUGUUUCCCUUACUUUGGCCUGUGUGUCCCUGCCCUUGCCUUAAUGUCUCGUCAUCUCUUUUUCUCGACUCCUUAUUGAGGAACACAGAGCUGAUUAAGGGGCUUCUGUCAAAGUUCAUGGUAUUUGUUUUUCCUCCUUUCUUUUGCAUUUGUAUAGGAAAUGUACUGCCUUCUGUCUGUUCGUGUUAAUCAAAACUGUGUAAAAAGAAAGCAAAGCAGACAUGUUUGUGAGUUAUUUGGAUUUUGUAUGUAUGUAAAUAAAUAAAUUAUAAGCCUUG